AUGGAAAUUUUACAAAGUUUUUCUUGUUUUCUUUCAUUCUCUCUCUGUCUCUCAUUUUUUCUUUCAUUCUCUCUCUGUCUCUCAUUUUUUCUUUCAUUCUCUCUCUCUCUCAUUUUUUCUUUCAUUCUCUCUCUCUCUCAUUUUUUCUUUCAUUCUCUCUCCCUUGUUUUUCUUUCAUUCUCUCUCCCUUGUUUUUCUUUCAUUCUCUCUCCCUUGUUUUUCUUUCAUUCUCUCUUUUCUUUUGUUUUUUUUUUUCAUUCUCUCUCCCUUGUUUUUCUUUCAUUCUCUCUCCCUUGUUUUUCUUUCAUUCUCUCUCCCUUGUUUUUCUUUCAUUCUCUCUCCCUUGUUUUUCUUUCAUUCUCUCUCCCUUGUUUUUCUUUCAUUCUCUCUCCCUUGUUUUUCUUUCAUUUCUCUCUUUUUUUUUUUCUUUCAUUUCUCUCCCUUGUUUUUCUUUUUCAUUUCUCUCCUUGUUUUUCUUUCAUUCUCUCUCCUUGUUUUUCUUUUUCAUUUCUCUCUCCUUGUUUUUCUUUUCAUUCUCUCUCCCUUGUUUUUUUUCAUUCUCUCUCCUUGUUUUUCUUUCAUUCUCUCUCAUUUUUUUUUUCUUUCUCUCUCCCUUGUUUUUCUUUCAUUCUCUCUCCUUUGUUUUUUCUUUCAUUCUCUCUCCAUUGUUUUUCUUUCAUUCUCUCUCCCUUAUUUUUCUUUCAUUCUCUCUCCCUUAUUUUUCUUUCUUUCUCUCUCCUUUAUUUUUCUUUCAUUCUCUCUCCCUUGUUUUUUCUUUCAUUUUUCCUUGUUUUUCUUUCAUUCUCUCUCCCUUGUUUUUCUUUCAUUCUCUCUCCCUUGUUUUUCUUUCAUUCUCUCUCCCUUGUUUUUCUUUCAUUCUCUCUCCCUUGUUUUUCUUUCAUUCUCUCUCCCUUGUUUUUCUUUCAUUCUCUCUCCCUUGUUUUUCUUUCAUUCUCUCUCUCCUUGUUUUUUUUCUUUUUCAUUCUCUCCCUUGUUUUUUCUUUCAUUCUCUCUCCCUUGUUUUUCUUUCAUUCUCUCUCCUUGUUUUUCUUUCAUUCUCUCUCCUUGUUUUUUCUUUCAUUCUCUCUCCUUGUUUUUUUUUCAUUCUCUCUCCCUUGUUUUUCUUUCAUUCUCUCUCCCUUGUUUUUCUUUCAUUCUCUCUCCCUUGUUUUUCUUUCAUUCUCUCAUUCUCCCUCGUUUUUCUUUCUUUCUCUCUCUCCCUCGUUUUUCUUUCUUUCUCUCUCUCUCUCCCCCUCGUUUUUUUUUUUCAUUCUCUCCCCUCGUUUUUUUUUUCUCUCUCUCUCCCCCUUGUUUUUCUUUCUUUUCUCUCUCCCCCUCGUUUUUUCUUUCUCUCUCUCUCCCCCUCGUUUUUUUUCUUUUUCUCUCUCUCUCUCUCCCCUUGUUUUUCUUUCUUUUCUCUCUCUCUCUCUUGUUUUUUUUCUUUUUCUCUCUCUCUCUCCCCUCGUUUUUCUUUUUUCUCUCUCUCUCUCUCUCCCCCCUUUUUUUUCUUUUUUUCUCUCUCUCUCUCCCCCUUUUUUCUUUCUUUCUCUCUCUCUCCCCUCGUUUUUUCUUUCUUUUUCUCUCCCCCCUUUUUUUUCUUUCUUCUCUCUCUCCCCUCGUUUUUCUUUCUUUUCUCUCUCCUCUUUUUCUCUCCUUUUCUCUCUCCCUUUUUCGUUUUUCUCUCUCUUUUUCUCUCUAUCUCUCUCUCUAUCACUUUCUCUUCUCUCUCUCUCUCUCUCUCUCUCUCUCUCUCUCUAUUUCUCUCUCUCUCUCUCUCUAUCUAUCUCUCUCUCUCUCUCUCUCAUCUCUCUCUCUCUAUCUCUCUCUCACUCUAUAUCUCUCUCUAUCACUCUAUCUCACUCUAUCUCUCUCUAUCACUCUAUCUCUCUCUCUAUCACUCUAUCUCUCUCUAUCUCUAUCUCACUCUAUCUCUCUCUAUCUCUCUCUAUCACUCUAUCUCUCUCUAUCACUCUAUCUCUCUCUCUCUCAUACUGA